AUGCUUGUUGGUGUUGGUUCUGUAGUAUUUUCUUGUCGCCAACGACGAAUAUUUCGUUUUAAAUUGUGGUUAUUUGGUGAUAUAAAAUGCUGCGGUGAAAAAUGGUUAUCAUUAUCGUUAUGGCACGACAAGUUUCAAAUCUCGAACUUCUACCGUCAUUUCCAAGGUUCACGUAAUGGUUAUGUGUCUCAUACAAUGAAAGAAAUGAUCAAUAAUCAUCAAUUAACAUCAUCAUUAUCAGCAAAUAAUCAACAAUCAUUUACAACAUCAGAAAAUGUACCUCAACAAGCAUCAUCACCAAAAAUAAUCGUACCUACUAUACUAAUAUUAGUCGUAAUUUCAUGA